CCAGACCAAAUCAAGCACGCACCGGUUAUUCAAGCCGUUUAGCCUUGGAACAGCCAGCCGUUGCCACGUUUGUCCAUUGGCACGGGUAGUGAAGGAAGGGCAUCUCCGUCCAUAUCACGCCUGAGAUCGCUCUCCUUGCAAGUGUCUACCACGCCUCCGCCGCUCCAUUUCUCACGCGCCAUCCCGGAACCUUAAUCGACCUAGGGCCGUCGUUCCAAACCGCUUUCCCGAGGCUAAGGAACUGCCAGCAGAACGGUGCUUGAGCUCGCGAGGGCGACAGCGCCAAAAAAAUCAAAAGACAAAAUAACACUUCUUCACCCCACGCCAGCAGUCUGUCCACCACUUUUCAGGAUUCUCGAUAUAGUCCCAGCCUACUCUUCAAUUCAUUGUCACUGCUUAGUCGCAUCGAGAUACCGCACUGUCCUGCACGCACCACAUCUUCACUACCAAGGGGCGAGCGAGAUCCCUUCAGGAUACCACAUUCCGCAUACCCUCCUGUAACGCGGGCAUUAAACCCACAUUCUCGGGCAGUUUCGUCUCAAUCCUGGAAUCACCUACCCAGCUUCGAGCAUCCGAGUCUGACCCUGUCUCUCGAUCUUUACCCCUUGUCGGACCCAAGUGAGUGGAACCACGGCACAUCGGCGCACACCAACCUGGUGUUUUCCGUUCACGACCGAAGGAGAGUUGACACUGGCUCGUGCUUGGGACUCGAUUCCCAUACCAGUUGGUGCUCCGAUUAAUGCCCCUUGGCUUCGGCUUAACCCUGGCCAACCACACCUGGCCAUCUUCUCCUUGCCAGCCUUCAAGGGCUUUCGAUUUCAACCGGGAUUGUCCUGAGCACAAAGGCUAGACACCAUCACCUCAUCAUCAUCUCCCUACAAGUCUCGACUUCCCUUCUUAGCGUAGCACCUGCCAGGAGCCCACGUCGUAACGCCAAUCCCGCCAGCAGAUCACCAAAGCGUGGACUGCGAUACCCGCCCUCCAGUUAACCCAGUUACAUUUUGGGCGUCCAGGAGCCCCACUACGGUCAUCACCACUCGCCGUGCAGACUGCGGAAGGGACAGUUGUGGCUCUGGGUGACCUAGACCCUCUUCAGGGUGGCACAGCUCACUCAAUCCUGGUUCUCCAAAAUAAGGACCUGUUGACCUCCCUUUCACUGUGGUUCAUAACUCCAAGGACGGACCCCUCUUCAACCUAUGCCGAGCUAGCAGCUGCUCCCCCUCCCACGUCCAAUCCUCCGCAAUUCUACCAAGCUGGCUGGAGUCGUUGUUUUGAAGAAAUAGUAUCCAUGCCCCGGACCAAAAGCAGCCAGCUCAACAGCAGAAGCUCUGGAUCUGGUUGGCCUGAUCGGCGUGUUACAGCCCCCCCUUCCUCGGACCGACCUUCUUUCCAUAAUCCUCGGCGUCUUCGACUCCUGGGAGUCAUUCUUUAACGACACUCUGGCUCACUCGACGGCCGUCCUUCCCAGGCAAAGCACGGCUUGACUCUGACCACACCCCACUACACCUCGCCCCGCUUCGCGAGAAGCGACCCACGAAGUUCAAGGGAUACAGUCUUUUUUGCCCCCAGAGCAUGUCAGCUCUUGAGGACAUCCCGACACGCGUUCCACAAUACCUCAUCUUCUUGGCCCCCUUGUCUUUUACAUAGAAACCGCAACACCGUUAGCUCCCGAUCACGAAAAUGGGCGAUUACUACCAUCACUUCCUCACCUCCAUGACGGGGGUGGCUGUCAGCCAAAGCACAAGCCCAAAGGACACUCAUCCUCCUCAGUUUCCCGGAUCCCAGAUGCCAAUGAUGGGUGGUGCCAUGCCUGGACCCUAUCCUAAUUUGGGAUACUUCACUGGCUUCCCCGACCCAGUCGGACUUGCUGCUCCCAAGUCCUCGAGGAAUCGAAGGAAGUCGGCACCGGGUCUGGAUCACGUCAAGCACCGCCGCACAAGGUCCGGAUGCUACAUGUGCAGAAGCCGGAGAGUCAAGUGCGAUGAAACUCGACCGGUCUGCGACAGAUGUCGGAAGGGAAGUCGCGAAUGCAUCUACCCGGAGGCUCCGGUAACCAGGGGAUCGGCUGCACAGUCCACGACAUCCAAAGACGGAUCGUCAACUCAGGAGACCAGUCCAGAUUCCUCUAACGACGCAGAAGACAGAGAGGAAGAACCCGAGCCUGCCGGGUUAGACACCAUCCUGGACGAGGAUGAAGGGGACGAGGCGUCCUAUCAGAAGCAAGUUCCCCGGACAAGCAGAAGCAGCACAACCUCAUCGGCCACUCUACAGCGCAUAGGGGGCACACGCCAUGACUCCGAGACGCCGUCGCAUGAAGGGACCAAAAGCUCAUCGCCUUCCGCGUCGACGAGUAGUCAAGCAACGACCGCAUAUGCGAUGCCAGAUCUCGCGAUUCUGUCGCUGAGUGGCCACGCCGACUGGUCACAUCUGCCUGCUGACUUGCGCCAGCACCUGGAGUACUUUUGCGAAAACGUCACACACUACCACUACUGUAUGUUGACAGACGCCCACGAAUUCUUUCGUGUCAUUCUUCCAAAUUUUGCUCUACAAAACGAGGCUUUGCUUCACGCGAUCGCCGGGUUUGCUGCAUAUCAACGUACACUGCAAGAUCCCAAUGGCAAAAUAGAGGAAUUUUUGAAGUACUACAACAAGAGCGUGAUACUUUUGCUCAGCUCGCUGAAGAGAAAAGAGAAACAUAAUGUCGCCACGCUUCUGACAGUGCUACAGCUUGCCACGAUCGAGGAGUACUUGGGUGACUGGAUCAAUCUUAUGGGGCACCAAAAGGCCGCAUUCGAGAUGUUGACGCACCUCUUCACCCCGGAGACGGCUGCUCAGAGUGCCCUUGGAAGAAUGAUCGUGUCCUGGUACGGGCGCUUCGACAUCUUCAUUGCUCUGAUGGGUGGAUUUCCUACAAUGCUAUCCCCCGAAUGGUUCACAGCCUUUGUCGAACACUGCGACCAGCAAGCCAUCUUGGACGAGGCAGAUAGCCUACAUUGGAAGUUGGAAGCAGAGUCAGGCCGUCUAAGAGUCAUCUCAAGAGAGAUGUCGACUCUAUUUGCGCGGGGCAGCAGGGGCCAGAUCUCGUCCGAGGACUUCGCAACCGAACACGAACGAAUCCAGAACUUGCUCCAGUGCUGGAGAGAUGGCUGGGACCAUGCGCUCACCGACCCGUCUUACCUCGUCACGGAUCUCGGCCACACGCGAUCCCUGAGUGACGAUGACAUCGUGGACCCCUAUGCCCCCGGGGUAUUGUAUGACUUCCCCAUCUUCUCCACGACAUUGCUCACCAGCGAAUUCAACUCCACUAUGAUGAUGCACAAAUGCCAAUCAUCGACGACACAGCGAGAACAGCUGUACGGCGAGCUGCGAGGUCACGCGUACGCCAUCUGUCAAAUCUUUGAGGCCGUGGAAAAGUGGCCGUCGAGUCCAAAGGGCAGUUUGAUUCUCAUACAGGCCUGCAUCGCCCUUUCAGCACUGUUCCUGCCGCAGGAUGCUAAACAUCACACCUGGAUCAGGAGAAAAUUUGCAUUGUUAGAGACUAUGGGAUACAUCCAUCCGAUUACGCUCCGCACCAAGAUGGCCGAGAUGUUUCAUGAGCCUUCCUGUGUGCGGUGGUGGCUGCCCAAUGACGAGGGCUACAGUCGGAUACUGCAGAACGUUCGGACCUUCGCCGAUGAGCGCAACGCCAACGCCGUUUCCGCACAAGCGGAAAACCUCCGUGAGGUUCGUCACAUCUUUGCCAAGAUGCAAAUGGCGGAGGAGGAUGCAAAUCAGGCCUGAGUAGGGUACGGAAAGUUGGCUCCGUUGGUCUGUUGCCAUUAGCGGGGAGGAGAGGAUGAAGCCCUUGGAAUAGGCUGACGAAGAGAACGCUGACGCAGGCGUUCUCAGCAAAACGGAUGGGGAGCAGAAAAGAAGAACAUAUGAAAAAUGGGGCGAGCAACAAAGGCGCCGACAGCAGAAACACGUUAUAUACACGCUUGGAUAUACAUCAAACCGGCCUUCUCCGGAGCGACGACCUCUGCGGUGUGGUGUCCACACAUGAAGGAAGCGCCGAUGUAUCGAGUCUCGUCAACGAGGAGCGAAGCGGGCGGUGAACGGUACCCCGGAGCCCGACCAGCUCCCUCUGCUGCAACUCUCAUAGCAGCAUAGGUACCACCCUGACCCUCCCCUUUUCUUUUCAAACCUGACAUAGACCACGUCUCGCGGGGCGGGCCACCCAAUUUGGUGUUGGUUGGUCCUUUUUUCCAUCUUUCUCGCUCGCAACCCCUGGAGGAGACCAAUGUAUUGCAUUAUGCUGUCCCACGCCCCCUUUCUCUCUUCUGCUCUUCUGGGACAUCUUGAUAACUUCACUGACACCAACUGGAGUUCUUCCUGUUACACAUAGACAGACGUUGUCAUCAUCUUCUCCCUUCAUAUUGAUACACUGCUCCUGUGACGCGCCAAAAAAGAAAAAAAAGAAAAACUACAUCACGAGCAUCGGGAGUGCAAGAGAGAGAAAGAAAAAAAGAACAAUAAUACAUACAUGGAUCUCAUCUCAUCACAAGUAACAGAAGAAAAUAUCGAAGUGCUCCAUGAGAACUUCGUGGCCGUGUCGAGCAGCUCCCUCGGGUUGACCACAAUAGUACAAGUGUCGUCCCUGUUGGCCCUAGGACAGACCAGAGAUAGGCGAAGAUGGUGACUGUUUGCCUGAACCCCCCACCCCUUUUGA